CUUUCUUUUCUUCCCAUUUAUUGCUUAAAAAACUUAAAAAAGUCUUAGUUUUUUUUUUCUUUUUCCGGAGAGAAAUAUGGAUAGAGUAUUUUCAGUGGACGAUGACAUUGGCGACCAUUUUUGGUCGACGCCGCCGACGGCGGAGUUGGGCGUUGAUUCACCUACCUCUGCCGCCACCGCCGCCAUCUCCUACUCGAAGAUGAUGAAUCGCAGCUCUUCCGAAUGGGCUUUCCAGCGUUUCCUACAAGAAGCCGCCGGUACGACCACUUCAUCUCCUCCUCUGCCACCUACAAUGGCGUCUUCGUCGUCAUCUUCACACCAAAACGAUGUUGUCGAGAUCAAGGAUGAGAAUCUUUCUACUCCUAAUCUCAAUUCCAGUACGGCGUUGAAUUCGAAGCCGGCAGCGACGUCGUUUGCCUCUGCACCUCCGCAGAAUAUUCCCGUUGAUGCUGAAGAGUAUCAAGCCUUCCUCAAAAAUCGCCUCGAUUUGGCUUGUGCUGCAGUCGCAUUGACUCGGGCGAAGAAUCUAAAGCCUCAAGAUUCAAGUUCUAUUGCACCUGAUAAAGGUCCAGAGACUGCUAGUGCAUCACAAUCAGUAUCUCACAUCUCCACUAAAGGAUCUGGUCAGGAAGUGAGAAAAGUUCAAGAUAAGGAUUCUGGUGGACCAGUUGGAAUACCCUCUUUACCCUCAGUGCAGAAGAAACCUGUGGUGCAGGUGAAGUCAACAACUAGUGGUUCAUCUAGAGAGCUAUCCGAUGAUGAUGAAGCUGAAGGAGAAGCAGAAACGACUCAAGGAACGGAUCCAGCUGAUACGAAACGCGUAAGGAGAAUGCUUUCAAAUAGAGAAUCAGCCAGACGUUCAAGGAGAAGAAAGCAAGCCCAUCUUACAGAACUUGAGACACAGGUAUCUCAACUGAGAGUAGAAAACUCCUCCCUACUGAAACGUCUGACUGACAUAAGCCAGAAAUACAAUGAAUCAGCUGUUGAUAAUCGUGUCUUAAAAGCAGAUGUUGAGACAUUGAGAGCGAAGGUGAAGAUGGCAGAAGAAACAGUUAAAAGAGUUACUGGGUUAAAUCCCUUAUUCCAAGCUAUGUCUGAGAUGUCCUCAAUGGCAAUGCCAUCCUUCUCUGGCAGUCCUUCAGACACAUCAACAGACACUGCUCUGCCUGUGCAAGAUGAUCCUCAACAUCAUUACUACCAACAACCGCCAAAUAAUCAUAUGCCAACCCAUGAUCCUAGAAUUCAAAAUGGUAUGGUUGAUGUUCCUCCAAUAGGAGGAUCUGUACAGCAGAAUCUUGCAGCUGCAGCAGUUGGGGGGAAUAAGAUGGGUAGAACAGCUUCAAUGCAGCGGGUAGCCAGCUUGGAGCAUCUGCAGAAGCGCAUACGUGGAGAAGUGAGUUCCUGUGGAACCCAAGGUCGGGGAGAGCAAUAAACACUGUUAAAGCCCCCAGCUGCACUGAAUCAGAUUUUGCACAUGCAUGUUGAUAAAAUUAUACUGUUUUUAACCAUUUGUGGCAGGAAAAAUGCCCAUUCUUUGUAUGGCAAUGCCUUGUUGGAUGAUACUAAUGCAUUGACAUCCCUUUGCUAUGCUAGUUCUGACUAUUCUCAGUCAUCCUCUUUCCCCCUC